CCGAGCCAGGCGGGAGCGGCCGCCGCGCCGGCGGAGCUAGGCGCGAUGGCGUCCUACGUGGAUAAUAGCUUCCGCCAGGCAGUGAUGAAGAACCCGGCGGAGCGGAGCCCCCAGGAUUUGGAGAUUGUGUAUUCGUAUUUACAUGGAAUGGAAGCCUUGUCUAAUCUGAGAGAACAUCAGCUAAGGCUGAUGUGUGAAACUGUUCGAUAUGAAAGGCAUGAAGCAAAUGAAGUUCUGUACUACCCUGAUGAUAUUGGUACCUGUUGGUAUAUCCUGCUGUCUGGUUCAGUCUUCAUUAAAGAAUCGAUGUUUCUUCCAAGGAGCAGUUUUGGCAAGCGUUCUGCAGGAAGCUUCAGGCGUGGCUGUGAAUGCAUUGUUUUAGAGCCUUCUGAAAUGAUUGUGGUUGAUUAUAUGGAUGAAAAUGAAGAAUAUUUUCAGCGCCAAGCUUCUCACAGGCAAUCUCGAAGGAGGUUUAGGAAAAUCAACCAAAAAGGGGAGCGACAAACAAUUAUUGAUACUGUUGAUCCUUAUCCUGUGGGGAAGCCACCUCUGCCCAGAGGCUACCAUACGCUUCCUGCAGAUUUCACAAAGCUGCACCUUACUGACAGUCUCCACCCACAGGUGACCCACGUUUCAUCCAGUCACUCAGGAUGUAGCAUCACAAGUGAUUCGGGAAGCAGCAGUCUUUCUGAUAUCUACCAGGCUACAGAAAGUGAGGCUGGUGAUAUGGAUCUCAGUGGGUUGCCAGAGACAGCAGUGGAUUCUGAGGAUGAUGACGAUGAAGAAGACAUUGAAAGGGCAUCAGAUCCUUUGAUGAGUAGAGAUAUUGUCAGAGAUUGCUUGGAGAAGGACCCAAUAGACAGGACAGAUGAUGACAUUGAACAACUACUGGAAUUCAUGCAUCAGUUGCCUGCUUUUGCCAACAUGACAAUGUCAGUGAGGAGAGAGCUCUGUGCUGUAAUGGUGUUUGCAGUUGUGGAGAGAGCAGGAACUAUUGUACUGAACGAUGGGGAAGAGCUGGAUUCCUGGUCAGUCAUUCUGAAUGGAUCUGUGGAAGUGACGUAUCCUGAUGGAAGAACAGAGAUACUGUGCAUGGGAAACAGCUUUGGAGUUUCCCCUACCAUGGAAAAGGAGUAUAUGAAAGGAGUGAUGAGAACCAAAGUGGAUGACUGCCAGUUUGUUUGUAUAGCUCAGCAAGAUUAUUGCCGCAUCCUCAAUCAAGUGGAAAAGAACAUGCAGAAGGUAGAAGAGGAAGGAGAGAUUGUGAUGGUUAAGGAGCACAGAGAGCUUGAUCGCACUGGAACAAGAAAAGGUCACAUUGUCAUCAAGGGAACAGCGGAAAGGUUAACAAUGCAUUUGGUGGAAGAACACUCUGUGGUAGACCCAACAUUUAUAGAAGACUUCCUGUUGACGUAUCGGACCUUUCUUUCCAGCCCAAUGGAAGUGGGGAAAAAGUUGUUGGAGUGGUUCAAUGACCCCAGCCUCAGGGAUAAGGUUACACGGGUAGUAUUGUUGUGGGUGAACAAUCACUUCAAUGAUUUUGAAGGAGAUCCUGCUAUGACUCGAUUUCUGGAAGAAUUUGAGAACAAUUUGGAGAGGGAGAAAAUGGGUGGACAUUUGAGGCUGUUAAAUAUCGCGUGUGCCGCUAAAGCGAAAAGAAGAUUGAUAACCUUAACAAAGCCAUCUCGAGAAGCCCCUUUGCCUUUUAUCUUACUGGGAGGGUCAGAAAAGGGGUUUGGAAUCUUUGUUGACAGUGUAGAUUUUGGUAGUAAAGCUACAGAAGCAGGCCUGAAACGUGGAGAUCAGAUAUUGGAAGUGAAUGGUCAGAACUUUGAAAAUGUUCAGCUGUCAAAAGCCAUGGAAAUCCUUAGAAAUAACACUCAUCUGUCUAUCACUGUGAAAACCAAUUUAUUUGUUUUUAAAGAACUUUUAACACGGUUGUCAGAGGAAAAACGAAACGGUGCUCCUCACUUGCCUAAAAUUGGUGAUAUUAAAAAGGCGAGCCGUUAUUCCAUCCCAGAUCUGGCCGUUGAUGUGGAACAGGUAAUAGGAUUAGAGAAAGUAAAUAAGAAAAGUAAAGCCAACACAGUUGGGGGAAGAAAUAAGUUAAAGAAGAUACUUGACAAGACUCGAAUCAGCAUUCUGCCUCAGAAACCAUACAAUGACAUUGGAAUUGGUCAGUCUCAGGACGACAGCAUUGUAGGACUGAGGCAAACAAAGCACAUUCCUCCUGCGUUACCUGUCAGUGGAACCCUGUCAUCCAGUAAUCCUGAUCUACUGCAGUCUCAUCACCGCAUCUUGGACUUCAAUACAACUCCAGACUUACCAGAUCAAGUUCUGAGGGUUUUCAAGGCGGACCAGCAAAGUCGCUACAUCAUGAUCAGUAAGGACACAACUGCAAAAGAAGUGGUCAUCCAGGCCAUCAGGGAAUUUGCUCUUACUGCUACCCCUGAUGCGUAUUCACUGUGUGAAGUCUCUGUCACACCUGAGGGUGUAAUCAAACAAAGGAGGCUUCCUGAUCAGUUAUCCAAGCUUGCUGACAGGAUACAGCUAAGUGGCAGAUAUUACCUGAAGAACAACAUGGAAACGGAAACUCUUUGUUCAGAUGAAGAUGCUCAAGAGUUAUUAAGAGAGAGUCAAAUUUCCCUGCUGCAGCUCAGUACCGUUGAGGUGGCCACCCAGCUCUCCAUGAGGAACUUUGAGCUAUUCCGUAACAUUGAACCCACAGAAUACAUAGAUGACUUGUUUAAACUCAAAUCAAAAACAGGCUGCACUAAUCUAAAGAAGUUUGAAGAAGUGAUAAAUCAAGAAACAUUCUGGGUAGCUUCGGAGAUUCUAAGAGAAACCAACCAGUUGAAAAGGAUGAAAAUCAUCAAGCAUUUCAUUAAGAUAGCACUACACUGCAGAGAAUGCAAGAAUUUCAACUCGAUGUUUGCUAUCAUUAGUGGCCUGAAUUUGGCACCGGUUGCAAGGCUCCGAACUACUUGGGAAAAGCUUCCAAGCAAGUAUGAAAAACUGUUCCAAGAUCUACAGGACUUGUUUGAUCCAUCUAGGAACAUGGCAAAAUACCGUAAUGUCCUUAACAGCCAAAAUCUGCAGCCCCCUAUUAUUCCCCUGUUUCCUGUUAUCAAAAAAGACCUUACGUUCCUUCACGAAGGAAACGAUUCCAAAGUGGAAGGCUUAGUCAACUUUGAGAAGCUGAGGAUGAUCGCGAAGGAAAUUCGCCACGUUGGUCGCAUGGCAUCUGUCAACAUGGAUCCUGCUUUAAUGUUUAGAACUAGGAAGAAGAAAUGGAGGAGUUUGGGGUCUCUCAGCCAGGGCAGUACAAAUGCAGCUGUGCUUGAUGUCGCACAAGCAGGGGGUCAUAAAAAGAGGGUCCGUCGCAGCUCCUUCCUUAAUGCUAAAAAGCUCUAUGAAGAUGCUCAGAUGGCACGGAAAGUGAAGCAGUAUCUCUCAAACUUGGAUCUGGAAAUGGAUGAAGAAAGCCUCCAGACGCUGUCUCUACAGUGUGAGCCAGCCACCAACACAUUGCCAAAGAAUACAGGAGACAAACGAUCUGGAAAAUCCGAAACGUCACCAGUGGCUCCCCGGGCAGGAAUUCAGCAAAAAGUGCAGCAGCAGCAGCAGCAACACAAAGCAAACCAAGCUCUGCAGGUCCCUGCUGUAUCUCUUUAUCCCUCUCGCAAGAAAGUGCCCGUCAAAGACCUCCCACCAUUUGGCAUUAACUCCCCACAAGCUUUAAAGAAAAUUCUUUCAUUGUCUGAAGAAGGAAGCCUGGACCGCCACAAGAAACAAUCUGAAGACGCAGUAUCAAGUGCAUCUUCACAUCUGUCUUCUCCUCCCACCUCACCACAGAGUUCUCCCAGGAAAGGUUACACUUUGGCUCCCAGUGGCACAGUGGAUAACUUUUCAGACUCUGGCCACAGCGAAAUUUCUUCCAGGUCUAGUAUUGUCAGCAAUUCCUCUUUUGACUCUAUGCCAGCGUCCCUGCAUGAUGAGAGGAGACAGAGGCAUUCUGUCAGCAUUGUGGAGACUAACCUUGGCGUGGGAAGAAUUGAUAGAAGGAUCGUGAUUGAGCCAGAUCAAUACAGCUUAGGAUCUUAUGCACCGCUGUCAGAGAACAGAGGCCUGUACGCUGGAGCUACUGUUCUGUCUUCUCCUAGCACGGAAGAACUGUCACAGGAUCAGGGGGACAGAGCUUCACUCGAUGCAGCUGACAGUGGCCGCGGUAGCUGGACUUCUUGCUCAAGUGGUUCCCAUGACAACAUACAAACGAUACAGCACCAGAGAAGCUGGGAGACGCUGCCUUUUGGACACGUUCAUUUUGAUAACUCGGGCGAUGGGGCAGGACUGUGGGCCUCAGGCAGUCACGUGGACCAGCUGAUGUUCUCCGAUCAUGGCACAAAGUAUGGCCGGCAAAGUCAAGGCAGGGAGGGCCUCGAGCAAGCGCAGUCCAGAGCAAGCUGGGCAUCCUCAACGGGCUACUGGGGAGAGGACUCAGAAGGUGACACAGGUACCAUAAAGCGAAGGGGUGGGAAGGAUGUUUCUAUUGAAGCUGAAACCAGCUGCGUAACAUCCAUACCAGCAGAGGAGGCAAAGCCAGCUCCCGUGCCUGCUCACAUACCAGUAACAUCAAGUACUACAAAGGGGCUUAUUGCACGAAAAGAAGGUCGGUAUCGGGAACCACCUCCAACUCCUCCUGGUUAUGUCGGAAUUCCUAUUGCUGAGUUUGCAGAAGGUGUUUCCCAUCCAACUAGAAAGCCUCCGGAUUACAACGUAGCACUUCAGAGGUCUAGAAUGGUGGCACGGACGUGUGAGACCCAUGGGACGUCAGCUCAGCAGCAGCAGUCACAUGGCCAUUCAACUAGCAGGCCUUUGAGCAAACCUCAGUGGCACAAACCAAACGAGUCAGAUCCACGUCUUACUCACUAUCAGUCUCAAGGGUUUCCCACAGAGGAAGAUGAAGAUGAACAAGUCUCUGCUGUUUAAGACUUGGGGCUUUUCUGGAUCCAGAGUGAACCACCUUAAAGGAGAGCACAAGAAGAUGUCCCUAGAAUAGGAGCCUUGGAACUAUAGUUAAAGGAUGGUGGACCUGUUUGCCUCCUUCCCUGCCUUAAAGCAGCAUGGGGCUUCUUCCUCCACCCCCACCCCCUCAAACCCCCCUUCUGUCCUCUCUCCCCUUUGCAUGUGAAAUACUGUGAAGAAAUCGCCCUGGCACUUUUCAAACUGUGUUGCUUGAAAUGCACAGUGCAGCAAUCUCCAAGCUACCACUGUCGCUGUCUGCCACAUCACACAGUAUCAUUCCAAAUUCCAAGAUCAUCACAGCAAGAUGAUAAUUCUGGCUGCACUUCCCAAUGCCUGGAAGGGUUUUUUAAUCUUCCUUUUCAAUUUUAAUCGUGAUCCUAGCACUUAGUCUCAUUGGGAUAAUGAGAUAAGCUAGUUGUCAAUUUACGUUUGGCCUUUAACCUACCAAGAGUGGAAUGCAUUGAAAUCCUUCAAGGAGGCAGUGCUUAUUUGCUUGUUUACAAUGCCUUUGUUACAGUUUUGUACGUUUGUGUUCCGAGAUCAAAUCCUGCAUCUGCCUAGUAAUUACAGUAUUAUUUCCUACCUGUAAGUAGGGUUGCCAGCCUCAGCUCCCAGAUAGCAUCUACCUGCCGCAUGGCUGAGCAGGGCAGAAGGGAAGGCAGAGGCUGCAGGACGCAGCCGUUCCCAACCAUCUAGCUUCUCUCUUAGUGCAUCCCCCACCCUGGAAGCUUCCAGACUCGUGCCCAUUAGCGGGGAUGGCGUUGGGUCUAGGAUCAGUGCAGAGCCGUGCGCCUACAGCUCUCCAGCGAAGGAACGGCGGACACCAUGCCUCGUACCUGUGCCUUGUGGGAUACAGGACGGCGUGCUCAAAACAAAGUAUCCCAUUCUAACGAGACAGACGGCAACCUCGCCUUUAAGUUAUAUAUGAUUUCUGGUUUUGUUUUGUUUUUUUUUUUUACUCCAUAGUAGGUAUGUUACGAGAAAAAUUAACUGGAUAACGUUGCAGUGAAGGCAAGCUGGGAUGGCACAGCUCCUGACAGCUGUUAAUAUUGAUUUAAUAACCUCCAUCUAUUGACUUGGCAUUAGGGGGAUAAACAAGCCUUUAAGUAAAGAAGAAUAACCUUUUUAGAUACGCCAGCCUUUGCAAUGCAGAAAUAGUCACAACUGUUAAUGGCUUUGUGGAACACUGCAUGUGUAGAGAAGGCCAAUGUGUAGCAACCACCUGCUCACAGCUGCUAUUAACCUAUAACGACUGAAAUGACCCUCCCCUCUAUUUUUGUGUUGUUUUUGCACAGACUCCGGAGAAGUGAAGGCUGCCAAUCCGAGUAGUACUCAAAUGUGAGGAACUGCUGGUCUUGGAUAUUUUUUUUUUUCCAUUGAACUCAGCUGAUCAUAUUGAUCAGUAGAUAAACGUAAAUAACUUCAACUUUUAAAGAUCAAAAUGCAGUGUUUUUUCACUGUAUCAGGCAAAUGUCAGUGCUUUAUUUAAUUCUCUCUCCUGUAAUCAUAGCUUUUGUCUAUUUGCUUAUAUAUCACGUUGUCAAUUAUGCAUUUGUAAUUUUACAUGCAAUAUGCAUUAUUUGCCAGUUUUAUUCUCAAGGCUAUGGACCUCAUGUGCAUAUAGAAACACAAAAUCCUAGCUCUAUCACAAGUUGCACAAAUGUUAUAUAAGCAUAAAGUAAUUGUAGACCAUAGGACUGCUAAUCUCAGUUCGCUCUGUGAUGUCAAGUGCAGAAUGUACAAUUAACUGGUGAUUUCCUCAUACUUUUGAUACUACUUGUACCUGUAUGUCUUUUAGAAAGACAUUGGUGGAGUCUGUAUCCCUUUUGUAUUUUUAAUACAAUAAUUGUACAUAUUGGUUAUAUUUUUGUUGAAAAUGGUAGAAAUGUACUAUGUUUAUGCUUCUACAUCCAGUUUGUACGAAGCUGGAAAAUAAAUAAAUAUAACAUUAAUGAUGUC